GCUCAUUCAUGUAUGAUGGAUGUUGGUGUACUUCACACUGGAGUCACCCUGUUUCUAAUGCUACUGAGUCCGCCCUUCACAUCAGCCUAUGAUCAAUUCGUCAUUCCUGGUGUUACUCAAGCAAAUUUGAGAUCACAUCAUGGCUACUUGUAUGCUUCGAGAGCAGUGGACGGAAUCUUUAGCUUAAGUGGUUUGCAAUGCUCCCAUAGUGGUGACUAUUUUGAUGGUGUUCUAGUAAAUCGGACGUGGCUAUGGAUAGAUUUAGUUAAUACCGUCAGUGUUAAAUCAGUCAAAUUUUGGUACAGAAAUGACAGUUCUGUAGGCAUAAGUCGGUUAAGUGGCUUCACCAUCCGUGUUACAAAUACUACUGACGAACCAAGUGAGCAACAGAUUUGUUAUGCUGAUUCGGGAAAUACCACCCUGCCGUUCAUUCUACAAGUUGAUUGUAAAAAAACAGCAAGAUAUGUAUGGAUUCAUCAGACUAAAAGGUCAAUGUGGGACUACUACAAAUAUAUACCUAUGCUGGAGAUUUGUGAAGUGCAGAUAUUUGGUUGCAGUGUGGGAAGAUGGGGUGAAAAUUGCACCGAAACAUGCAACCAUUGUAUGAACAAAGACUCUUGUGACGUAGAAAUGGGUACUUGUGAUGGGGAUGGCUGUGCAGAUCCAAAUUUCGCAGCACCAGACUGUAGACAAGAUUGUGUUAAUGGACGUUAUGGGGAAAACUGCACACUCAUCUGCGGACAUUGCAAGUGUGAUCGUCAAGAAGGAAAUUGUACUGGCAGUUGUGAUGCGGGUUGGAAAGGUUCACAGUGCAACACAUCCUGUGACAUAGGAGAGUAUGGAAAAGAAUGCACACAAUUGUGUAGUGGAAAUUGUUGGAAUAAUGAAACUUGUGAUCGUUUCUUUGGAAGCUGUAGCAGUUGUACUACUGGGUGGAAAGGCUCCUUUUGUAAUAUUUCCUGUGAAUACAAUGAAUAUGGUAAAGACUGCUUAGAGAGAUGUAGUGGUAACUGUUUGAAUGGUGAAACCUGUGAUCGUUUCUAUGGAAACUGUAGUAAAUGUUCAGCCGGAUGGAAAGGUCCUAUGUGUAAUGUCACUUGUGACAGCGGGGAGUAUGGAAAAGACUGUCUGGAAAUAUGUAGUGGAAACUGUUUUAAUGGUGAAACCUGUGACCGAUUUUAUGGAAACUGUAGCUACUGUUCUGUCGGUUGGAAGGGUCUUAUGUGUAAUAUCUCCUGUGAUGUCGGAGAAUAUGGAAAAGACUGCUUAGAGAGAUGUAGUGGAAACUGUUUAAAUGGUGAAUCAUGUGAUCGUUUCUAUGGAAACUGUAGCUACUGUUCAAAUGGAUGGAAAGGUCCUUUGUGUAAUGUAUCUUGUGAUAUCGGAGAAUAUGGAAAAGACUGCUUAGAGAGGUGUAGUGGAAACUGUUUAAAUGGUGAAACCUGUGAUCGUUUCUAUGGAAACUGUAGUAAAUGUUCAGCCGGAUGGAAAGGACCUAUGUGUAAUAUUUCUUGUGAAAACAAUGAGUAUGGAAAAGACUGCUCAGAGAGGUGUAGUGAAAACUGCUUGAAUGAUGAAACAUGUGAUCGUUUCUAUGGAAAUUGUAGUCACUGUUCUGCCGGAUGGAAAGGUCCCAUGUGUAAUGUGUCUUGUGACAGCGGGGAACAUGGAAAAGACUGUCAGGGAAUAUGUAGUGGAAACUGUUUAAAUGGUGAAACCUGUGACCGAUUUUAUGGAAACUGUAGCUACUGUUCUUCCGGUUGGAAGGGUCCUAUGUGUAAUAUUUCCUGUGAUAUCGGAGAAUAUGGUAAGGACUGCUUAGAGAGGUGUAGUGGUAACUGUUUGAAUGGUGAAUCAUGUGAUCGUUGCUAUGGAAACUGUAGUUUCUGUUCUGCUGGAUGGAAAGGUCCUAUGUGUAAUGUCUCUUGUGAGAGCGGAGAAUAUGGCAAAGACUGCUUAGAGAGGUGUAGUGGAAACUGUUUAAAUGGUGAAACCUGUGAUCGUUUCUCUGGAAACUGCAGUAAUUGUUCUGCCGGAUGGAAAGGGCCUGUAUGUAAUAUUUCCUGUGAUGUUGGAGAAUAUGGAAAAGACUGCUUAGAGAGAUGUAGUGGAAACUGUUUAAAUGGUGAAUCAUGUGAUCGUUUCUAUGGAAACUGUAGUCACUGUUCUGCUGGAUGGAAAGGUCCCAUGUGUAAUGUCUCUUGUGAAAACAAUGAAUAUGGAAAAGACUGCUCAGAGAGGUGUAGUGAACACUGUUUGAAUGACGAAACCUGUGAUCGUUUCUAUGGAAAUUGUAGUCACUGUUCUGCCGGAUGGAAAGGUCCCAUGUGUAAUGUGUCUUGUGACAGUGGGGAACAUGGAAAAGACUGUCUGGAAAUAUGUAGUGGAAACUGUUUAAAUGGUGAAACCUGUGACCGAUUUUAUGGAAACUGUAGCUUCUGUUCUGCUGGUUGGAAGGGCCCUUUGUGUAACGCUUCUUGUGACAACGGGGAAUAUGGAAAAGACUGUAUGGGAAUAUGUAGUGGAAACUGUUUAAAUGGUGAAACCUGUGACCGAUUUCAUGGAAACUGUAGCUACUGUUCUGCCGGUUGGAAGGGUCCUAUGUGUAAUAUUUCCUGUGAUGUCGGAGAAUAUGGAAAAGACUGCUUAGAGAGGUGUAGUGGAAACUGUUUGAAUGGUGAAUCAUGUGAUCGUUUCUAUGGAAACUGUAGUUACUGUUCUACUGGAUGGAAAGGUCCUUUGUGUAAUGUCUCUUGUGAAAAUGGAGAAUAUGGAAAAGACUGCUUAGAAAGGUGUAGUGGUAACUGUUUGAAUGGUGUUACUUGUGAUCGUUUCUCUGGAAACUGUAGUAAUUGUUCUGCCGGAUGGAAAGGACCUUUAUGUAAUAUUUCAUGUGGCAGCGGAGAAUAUGGUAAAGACUGCUUAGAGAGGUGUAGUGGAAACUGUUUUAAUGGUGAAACCUGUGAUCGUUUUAAUGGAAGCUGCAAGAACUGUUCUGAUCUGUGGAAAGGACUGAUGUGUAACAUUUCCGUGUGUUUGCCAGGGACAUAUGUGAUAACAGAUACUGUGUGUGGAAGAUGUCCUGUUGGAGAGUUCCAGGACGAGAUUGAGCAAAAUUCCUGUAAGAAAUGUCCUCCGGAAAGGAACACAACAGAAACCACAGGAGCACGUUCUGAGAGUUACUGUAUAGCAUCUUGUGAGGAUGGCACCGAGUUUAAUCGGAAUUCUCGUACAUGUAAAGAGUGUCCAAAAGGCUUUUAUACCAAUAGGAGUAUCUCGGAAUACUGCAUCAUGUGUCCCAAAGGGUAUAUCACAAAUGGAACCAAGUCAUCAUCGUGUUUCAAGCGGCAAGAAAAUGUAGUGGAUAGGUCUGUACCACCAAAAGAGCAGAGAUAUUCAUUUAAUCUUAAGUAUAGGAUGAGCGUGAAUUGUUCGGAUGAAGAGGCCAAAAAUGCGUUUCUGGCACAAGUUAGGAUAAAAGUAAUAAGUCGGCUUAUUGAAUUAGCAAAGAAAUAUCCCACUAUGUGCAACAAAGAAAACGUCAGUGAGUGUUUUCAGUCUGUAAAGGUAAAUUUAAAAGCAUGUAGGACAACAUGCCGUAAAAAAAGAUCUGCGGAUGCCUUUGAUGUCGAUAUUAAAGUAGAGAUCCCAGUUGUAAGUCCAACAGUUACAAACAGUAGUGGGCCUGCAAUAAAUGUUCGAACUGAAGCUGUUCUACAAGAGGAUAUAGACACACAGAAAACAAAAUAUUCACCACAGGUGAUGCCAUUACGUUUACUUAAUUCUACAUAUGUUGGGAAGAAAUUAACAUGUGCAAGUGGGACUGUUCCUAAUGGCAACAAUGAGAUGUGUGAGGCAUGUGAAGAAGGAACAUAUCAUGACACUACAAUGGAUGUGUGUAAGAAAUGUCCAAGAAACUUCUAUCAGAGUAGUACAGGACAGACCAGCUGUAAAGCAUGUCCCGGUCCUUUAAAUAUUUACACUCUAUCAGAGGGUUCAACAUCAGAAACCCAGUGUGUGGGGAACCACGAUUGAGUGACGGAGAAGGCCGACCCUUUUCCUGAGAAAGAGACAUAAAACUACAAACUGCAGUGAACCGUUUGUAAUUCAGAACUUGGUAGUGAUAUUGAAUAUAAAGAAAGUGUCUUGAAAGAUUAAAGAAUGCCUCAGGAAAUCCUAUCCUUGAUGCAAUGUCCAGCAAUUUCUGUUUACAGUUUGUGUGAUGAAAUCUGCUUUUUGUGCUUUUGUCAGGUUUAAUUCGUAUACUUUGUAAUAUAAAUU